AUGGACCCGCAGCCUGUGAAUAUAUUUUCUGAUGAUAAUGAGGUUGAGAAGGCAGAGCGAACGAGUUUGCUCAACGAACUGGACGGCCUCGUCGAUAGCACUCCGUUCUCACGAGGACUGUGGGCUUGCCUACGCGUGGCAGAUCUUGGGUCACUACGGCGGAUCGUGGAGGGCGUCAAGCACAGUCCAUUUCCCAAGGCAGGUCUGGCAGGCUACGAGUAUCUUCUCCAGGAAAGCAAUUUGCUGCGGCACUGGACGCAACGGACGCGAGUUAGUAGCCGAGCCACUUCGACAACUACAACCCCGCCCCAGCCCAGUACCCCAACCCGACCAGAUGUGUCUGGUUUGCCCUCCACUUUUCUCAAGCGACGACGGGAUGCAAGGGACCAACUACAGAGCGAGCUUUGCCGCCAACGAGACCGAAGAAGAUGUGUCGUCACAAAAUCUGGCGAACCUAUCGAGGUAGCUCAUAUAUUCCCUUUCGCCAUGCGAGGUUUUCAAACCGAGGAAGCGAGGUCACAGAUGUACAGUCCGUGGGAGGUCUUGAAGAUCUUCUGGCCCGAGGAAAAGGUCGAGCGGUGGCUCAGUGCGAUUCAAGCUACCACCGAGACCCCAAAGAACCUUCUCUGCCUAGCACCUCACGUCCAUGCCUAUCAGGGCAAGGCUUACUUUGCUCUUAAACAUCUCGGAAGCAGCGAGGACAAUACCAGCUGUACUGUUAUGUUUGUGUGGCUACCUCACUUUGACGACCCUCAGUCACUUCGAGUGUCCACAGAGCCUUUCGCCGCACCUGUUGUACAGCUUAGAGAGGAUAGUACUGGUGGAGUUGUAGGUCUAUGGGAUGUGACAACUGGGCUGCCUAUCUCCACCGGUAGCCGAAUUGUCCUAGAAACUACAGACCCAGUUGGCCUUCCUCUCCCGGAUGCUGACCUUCUGGAACUCCACUGGGUUUUGCAGCGUGUUGCCGCGAUGGCUGGUGCCGCGGAACCUCGGGAUGAUAGCUAUAGAACAGACGAUGAGGACGACGAGAUGUUCGGUGUCUGGGCUGAUGAGGAUUCGGACCUAUCUGACCUUUCUCUUCCACAAAAACCGACCACUUCGAUGGCAAGCAAUGGUAAAAACAAAAUGGUGCUGGAUUUGAACCCCUGUGACCCUCAGAGUAUGCCUGUUGAGUGA